UAUAUCUAUCUAUAAUGAGUUCGAUGAGCGACAAUAAUAAUCAUUCCGUUUCGACGGAGGAACUACAAUUUCCAAUGAGUGAAGAUGAAGAGGCACUAAACGAAUCGGAUCAAAAAGAGACAUCUGCUGAAAUCUGGCGAAAUAUUCAGAUCAAUACACGCGGUGAUCGUGAUCGUAGAGCAGAACUGCAGAGAGCUGUUGCGCUGGAUCACGCAAUCGGAGCCGAGAAUGAAGAACAAGAUCAAGUUGUUGUUCCGACUGAUAAGAAGCAAUCUGUUGUACUUGAGAGCAAAAUUAAUCUAAAACCGUCACCUAGCGUCGGUCCGAGUCUAAUUCGCCUAAUUGAGACAAGUAAUGCGAAUGUAAACGGAUCGGAGAGUAGUGGAGGUUCGCCUAAGUCUAUGAUGGAUGAAGCGUGGGAACGGUUGAAAAGCUCGUUUGUUAAUUUCAAAGAUCAACCGGUCGGAACACUUGCUGCAGUACUUGAUCCUAGUGCAGAUCCUCUGAAUUACAAUCAGGUGUUUGUGAGAGACUUUGUGCCAGCUGCCUUGGCUUGCCUGAUGAAACUUCCAGCAGAGCCAGAGAUUGUUAAAAACUUCUUAAUGGAGACUCUUGAUCUUCAAGGACAUAAAAAGACAAUUGACAAUUUCACACUUGGAAAAGGUGUCAUGCCUGCCAGUUUCAAGGUCAUGCAUGGCGACCACCAGGAAAAGGAGGAAUUGAAGGCUGACUUUGGUGGUAGUGCAAUAGGAAGAGUUGCACCAGUUGAUUCAGGUUUCUGGUGGAUUAUACUGUUAAAUUCAUACACCAAGUGCACAAUGGAUAAUGCAUUGUUAGAGGAUCCCAAAGUGAAAAAUGGAAUGGAGUUGAUACUCAAGCUCUGUUUAUCUGAUGGUUUUGAUACUUUUCCAACGCUCCUAUGUGCAGAUGGAUGUAGCAUGAUUGACAGAAGGAUGGGAAUCUAUGGAUAUCCGAUUGAGAUUCAGUCCCUCUUCUUUUUUGCAUUGAGGUGUGCACAAAAAAUGCUUAAACAAGAUGAUACUGAUCAGAAUCUGCUUGAGCGGAUUGAAAAAAGAAUUACAGCUCUAAGCUACCACAUCCGAAAUUACUAUUGGCUGGAUUUUACCCAAUUGAACAACAUCUAUCGUUACAAAACAGAGGAGUAUUCUCACACAGCUGUUAACAAGUUCAAUGUCAUUCCUGAGUCGAUUCCAGAUUGGGUGUUUGAUUUCAUGCCCGUGAGGGGAGGGUACUUUAUCGGGAAUGUAAGCCCAGCUCGCAUGGAUUUCAGGUGGUUCUUAGUUGGCAACUGUAUUGCCAUAUUAAGUUCUUUAGCCACGGAGGCACAAACAACAACUAUUAUGGACUUAGUUGAAGAGCGAUGGGAAGAUCUGAUUGGUGAGAUGCCACUUAAGAUUGUUUACCCAGCUUUGGAAGGACACGAGUGGAAAAUUGUCACGGGAUGUGAUCCAAAGAACAUACGCUGGAGUUGUCAUAAUGGCGGCUCUUGGCCAGUUCUUCUAUGGCUAUUAACAGCAGCAUGCAUCAAGGCAGGAAGACCUCAAAUUGCUAAGAAAGCCAUAGAAAUGGUGGAGCAACGUCUAUCAAAAGAUGGAUGGCCAGAGUACUAUGAUGGUAAGAAGGGACGUUAUGUCGGGAAGCAAGCAAGGAAGUAUCAGACAUGGUCUAUCUCUGGGUACCUGGUGGCUAAGCUCAUGAUAGAGAACCCAUCUAACCUUACCAUGAUUUCUCUAGAAGAGGAUAAGCCAAAACACACACGAAAAACCUCUUGGUGAUUAUACUCCAGGUGAUAUACCUUGACGAACUGAUCCAGCUGGUAGAGUGAAAAGAGGAGACUUGAGAACCUAGA